AGUGGGCUCUAGGGGGCGCUGUGGCGGGAGCGGCGCUGCCCGCGUUGCCCUGCGCGCCUGCGCCUAGAGGUGCCCUGUGGGAACCGGGGAGGAAGCGCGGAGGCAGGUUCUGCGGGGACUGUUUGGUGUUAUGAUGAAGGAUUCCCUGACACUUUUGUCUCGCAUCCCAGCACACCCAGAUUCCCGAUGCUGGUUUCUCGCUUGGAACCCUACAGGGAGUCUCUUAGCUUCCUGUGGUGGGGACUGUAGCAUUCGAAUAUGGGGGAAAGAAGGUGAUACCUGGGUGUGCAAGUCUGUUCUGGGUGAAGGACACCAGAGAACUAUCCGCAAGGUGGCCUGGUCCCCCUGUGGGAACUACCUGGCUUCUGCCAGUUUUGAUGCUACCACCUGCAUUUGGAAGAAGAACCAUGAGGAUUUUGAGUGUGCAGCCACACUGGAGGGCCAUGAGAAUGAGGUGAAGUCUGUGUCAUGGGCACCAUCUGGCAGUCUUCUGGCCACUUGCAGCCGAGACAAAACUGUCUGGGUUUGGGAAGUGCCUUGUUUCUUAAACUGUUCCCCUACAUCCCCCCUCUUCUGUGCUGCAGUGGACGAAGAGGAUGAAUACGAGUGCAUGAGUGUCUUGAAUUCCCACACGCAGGAUGUCAAGCAUGUUGUCUGGCAUCCCAACCAAGAGCUAUUGGCAUCAGCGAGUUAUGAUGACACUGUGAAAUUGUACCGGGAGGAAGAGGACGACUGGGUGUGUUUUACCACCCUAGAAGGGCAUGAGUCCACGGUGUGGAGCCUGGCCUUUGACCACAGUGGAGAGCGCCUGGCCUCCUGCAGCGAUGACAAGACAGUGCGCAUUUGGCGCCAGUAUAAGCCGGGCAAUGAGCAAGGUGUUGUCUGCAAUGGGACAGAUCCUACCUGGAAAUGCAUCUGCACCCUUUCUGGCUUCCACACAAGAACCAUCUACGACGUGGCGUGGUGCCAGCUAACGGGAGCUUUAGCCACAGCUUGUGGAGAUGAUGCCAUCAGAAUAUUUGAGGAGGAGCUGCACUCAGACCCCCACCAGCCCACUUUCACCCUUACUGUCCACAUGGCCCGGGCUCACUCCCAGGAUGUGAACUGUGUGGCCUGGAACCCUAAGGAGCCUGGGCUGCUGGCUUCAUGCAGCGAUGAUGGAGAGAUGGCAUUUUGGAAAUACCAGCGCCCUGAGGUCUGUUGAGUGUCCAAAUUUCCCAGCUCCCUCUGACAAUAACACAGUUCUAGUAGUGUAACUGUGGCACACCUGUGGGCAGCAAGCUGGACUGCAUCCCCUCUGUAAAGGCAAUUAAAAAGGUGAUAUCAUGUAACCUUGUUAUGAAGUACCUCCCCCCUUUCCACAAGAGCUGCUGUGCCAGAGCUAACACCUAGUGGGGGCAGCGGAGGUCAGCUGGGUCUUCUGCACAGAUUGAUGUUGUUGACCAAACAGGGUCUUGUCUUGCAGCUGGGUAGAAAAUCCCCAAACUACAUAGGCUGGCUUUUCUUAGCUUCAUCACUCCUUUAAAACAAAGCCAGGGUUGCCUGCAGAAAGACUGGCCUGCUGAUUAGGCGUUUCUUACCAGUUGGGAAGCAACAGGCUUUGUAACUGCUGGUUUUGUACUAAAAUGUGGUUGUAUAAGAUGUAGGUUUGGAUUGGGAGGUGGUGCUGCAGAGGGAGAAGAGCAGUUCUGAGCAAAUGAGCUUGUGACAAAUGUAAAAUUUAUUUUGACCAAGUGCUAUUGUACGUCUGCUGCUCUCUCUAAAUGGGCGUUUAUGUUAAAAAUGCAACAAAGACUUU